AUGCACCAGCAAUUGCAAGCGAGUCUUGAAUACCGACUUACCACUUCCUUCACUGUGAAACACUCGAAGGCUAUGUCGACCACCACAAUCACCUCCACGCAACAUGACCGUGCUCGGGUCCUUUCGGUCAGCAGAUCGUCAUCUCACACUGUAUCGAAAUCUCCUGCCCCUUUCAUCACGUUGGUGGCCGGACUAGGGGUUCAGGGAGACUGUCAUUCGGGGAGAAGUGUACAACAUCAAUCACUUCUUCAUGCCAACCCCGGAGCAAUCAAUUUACGCCAGAUCCACCUCGUUUCGACCGAGAGUCUCCGACACGUUUCUGCUAGAUUAACCAGCUCAAAGCCUCUAUCAGCGGGUGAGAUUGGGGAGAACGUGACGACCGAGGGAAUUGAUUUGCCAACCCUCCCCCGAGGAACUGAACUACACUUUGUUGACGAUAAUGAGUCUGGCGAUCGAGCGAUCAUUGUGCUCACAGGCCUUCGCAAUCCGGGUCCGGGUAUUAACAAAUGCCGACCUGGACUGCAAGCUCUUUUCGCCGUUCGCUCCGAAGACCACAAGAUGGCCAAGCACCUGGCCGGGGUGAUGGCAACGGUGAAAGCAGGAGGGGUGAUCAGGCCAGGGAUGACUAUCAAGAUCGUUCGACCAUCGGAAGCUAGACCCCUUGCUAUUAUUUAA